AUGUAUGCAGAUGACACCAAAGUGUACAAAUCAAUUAAAUCGGAAGAUGACUGUCAAAUUCUGCAACACGCCUUGACCAGCCUUGAAUGUUGGAGUCAUGAUAACAACCUAGAUUUCAACCACUCGAAAUGUAAGGUGCUGACCAUCACACGGAAAAAGACUCCCCUCGUGCAUGUCUAUCGCAUGAAUUCAAAGGAAUCGCGUGUGGAUAAAGAGAAAGACCUUGGUGUUUGCGUCAGUGCCAACUUCAAUUGGGAUGUUCACAUCCACACAAUCACUGGUAAGGCCAACAAGAUGCUCGGGCUGCUUAAACGAACUUGCCCUCCUUUGAGAGACAAAACAGUACGACGAACUCUGUAUCUCUCGCUUGUUAGAUCUCAGCUAUGUUACGCUAGUGAAGUCUGGUCUCCACACACUGUCAAACUCAAGUCUAGAGUCGAAAGCGUCCAAAGAAGAGCCACCGCGUGGAUACUACAAUCCAAGCAUGGCGAAAUGA